UUGCCUGUGCUCCACAGCAAAACACAAACCAUUAGGAUUUCCCUGUAACAAGCAAACACUAAAUAGUCUGCAGAAUGGAAGGCUAAUAAAUGCACCGACUAAGACUUGAGACGGAAUCGAAAUAUGCACUGAUGAAAUGUGGAUUAACAGGUGGAAAUCGAUGCAUGGGACAAUGGAAUCUCACCCCGUGGAAUGCAGCAGCAGCAGUAUGAGGAUCAAAUGAAGCGAACUAUUUUGGAGGAAUCUCGUAUGUAGCUAACAUAGCUCGCACACUCGCGUGCAGCGCCACUUAUGACAAAACUGAGAUUGUUUUUUGGUAAACAUCAUGACAAAAUAGAAUCUACAGUCACCGUUUGAUAUGGUAGUCUUUUGAGAUUUUAGCUUUUACGUUUUCAUUUGAGCAUCUGAUACACUGCUGUCCUUGUUCAUCAGUUUCACUGGGAAGGUAGCUUUUGGCCAAUGCUGUCGCCUCCGACCUUGGAGGUAGCGUGGAUAACGAAUCCGAUGCAACUGUGCCAGUGGUCGGCACUCUUCCUCUGGAAAUCACGAGGAUGACGUAUGGCCUCGCAAACUACAGUUAGCUGUGGUAGCUAUAGUAUAACUUAAUGGUCUUUGUAACGCUGUAUGGUUACCAUAUUGCCAUUACAGCAAUAACCUGCAUAGGUUUUCCAUAAUCUGAUAUGGUAGCAGUUGCAGUUACGAAGACACGUGUGUAAAUUUAUAUUAUUGGCAAGAUAGCAACCUAGCAGGUAGCGCAACUGUGUUCAUCAGGGAGGUAGCUAGCAUGCUAGUAGCUAGCUAGGACAUCUGGAAAUACCCUACUUUCUAUGGGAAAGACCAGAUAUUGAGUGCUAGAUAUGUUUAUCUUGCAAAAUGUAUAGUGAGCGUCUGCACUGACAGCUUAUAGCUCUGGUAUUUUUAGGGACAUGCAUGUUCCUGACAUCUAAAUAUUGUGCGAUGAUGUUAGUUUGAGAGGUCUCUCAGCUGUUCGCGUUGAAUUGUUUGUUGUGGUGUCCCGUUGCAGUCUUGUAUGAGCUAACGUUAGCUAGCCUGAUUUAGAGAGGUCGUGGUCACUGAGUCUUUGCAGUGAGCUAGCUUGUUAGCAAAUGCGACUUUAGUGGGUUAAUUUUUCAAACAAAACCUCUUAGCAGUAUGUUCAGAGUUCAGGUAGAAAUACGAAUUCUUGUAAAUAAAAAAAAAUAAACAUAGUGAUGUAUGGAUGGCCUGAUUGGCUUGCCUAGUUAGCUGUGGAUGCAUGUCAAGAGAAUCCCCCCGCUUGUUUGUCUUGUUUAUCUGGACUUGGAAGCUGCACCUCGUCCUUUGCGGAGCGAAUUGCAUACCUAACAUUGUUUAAUUCGAGUGACGUUUUAUAACCGGUUAGGUUUUGCAUUUUAAAGGGAACGAUAGUAUUUGAACCAAAUGUACCACAAUAUUAGUAUAAGAGCGGCACCACCAGUUAUGUAACGCGGGUGCUUAGCUCGUUUUGUACGUGAAGACUGAAUACGACCUCUAUUUAAAUUGUAGAGUGAUCGAAGGAUCUGAUAACUUGAAAAAAAAAACAGGGACACAUACAUUAGUGCGUGGUACUACGUGCCAAAAGAGUCGAACCACUGACAUAAGCGUGAAUCCGAUUGUUUUAUUGGCCAUCCGCACUGUCUUAAUAUUAAAUGCAUACAAAUUGUAGCACGUGGUGAAGUAAAUAAAACAUUGCGGAAAUGAUCACCCACUGACCCGUCUCUGCAGCCUGGACUACAGCGGACUCGUGUCUAACAGCCUGCAGCCAUGAGUGUCCGACCCCCGACCUCAACUCUAGACAGGGCAGCCGUCAAGAAACAGACGCACCUGCCCAGUCCUUUCGCUGCGUGGCUGAGCAGCUUAACCAUCGGGGACUCGGAGCGCAAGGCCUCCUCGGCUGGCCAACAGAAGGACCCCCUGCCGGACAUCACCAUAGAGGGAACAGGUGCUGGACUGGUGCAGAGAUGUGUGGUGGUCCAGAAGGAUCAGUUGGGUUUUGGCUUCACUGUAUGUGGAGAGAGGAUCAAACUGGUCCAAAAUGUCAGGCCAGGUGGUGCAGCGGUGAAGGCCGGCGUGCAUGAAGGGGACCGGAUCAUCAAGGUCAAUGGCUCACUCGUCUCGUCCAUGUCCCACCAAGAGGUGGUGAAGCUCAUCAAAUCUGGGACGUAUGUGGCUCUGACCCUGCAGGGUCCGGCUCCCUCGACAGCAGCUGUUCCCCUCCAGCCCCUCUGCACCGACCUCCUGCCCAAUCACAGGACAGCGUCGCCCCCUCCAGCACCGCCCCUUCCCCCCUCCACACCAGGCAGCUUCUCGCACAGAAUCACCGGACCCAAACCACUUCAGGACCCAGAGGUGCAGAAGCACGCCUCGGAGAUCCUCAGGAAGAUGCUGGAACAGGAAGAGGCAGAGCUUCAGGAGCUGCUGGAGGAGUGUUUGCGAAAUCCCACCCCCAUUUUGGAGGAUCGAAUAGAGAGUGCAAAGAGGCGGUCCCAUCAACUCCGAGUCAAACUUCAGCAAGAUCUGGAUGGGAAGCGAUCAGAAUCAGUGACAAGCUAUUUAACCGCAGGAGAAGGGCGACUGUCUGUGGAGUCCAGUGAAGGAGACUUUGAGGUGUGUGAGAGCCCCCACUCCUCCCCCUCCUCCUCCUCCCUCCGGAUCCCCCUGCACCGCAGACAAGGCUCCGACACACACAGCACCCCUGAGCCGGGUGGGAAGGCCCAGAUCAUUGGCCCAGAGGAGGAAGAGGAGGAUGAGGAUGGGUACACUUUCAACGAGGUGGAUGGUCCUUUCCAGGAUCUGGAGCUGUUGAAAUCUCGUCCAGCUCACAUGACUGUCUUCAUGCGAUACGUCUUCAGCCAGCUACUUGAUCCCAACCCACUACUGUUCUACCUGUCUGUGGAGGCGUACCUGGGUUCCAGCACUAAGGACGCUCGCAAUCUGGCCCCUCAGAUCUGCACCCACUUCCUGGAUCAUGAUGCCCCGCUCAGAAUAAAAGUGAGAGAGGAGUUCCUGACAGAUAUUGAGAGCCGGCUGCAGGCUCAGGAGGACAUCAGAGGGCCACUCUCUGAACUCCAGCAGCAAGUCCUGCCUGACAUCCAGGACCAGAUCCAGGACUACAGGAGUAAGCAGAUGAUGGGACUGGGCUCUCUGUUUGGAGAGAGUGACCUGCAGCAGCUGGACGGUGACCCGGCUAAGGAGAGGCAGGUGGUGGACCGGCAAGUGACUGCCCUCUGGGAGAUCCUCUCGAAGCACGAGGAGGACAGAAGUUCUCCUCUGGCAUCUGCGGUGCUGCUCUACCUGAGACAUUCGGGCAUUAAGCUGCGGGACUCGCGUGUGUUUCCAGGCCUCAUCUCUGAGAAAGAGAAGUGGCUCCCAUUCUUCCCCAAGGCUAAGAGGUUAAGUAGUGGCAAGAAGGAUGGUGAGGACAAGAAGAGAAACCCCAUCCUGAAGUACAUUGGCAAACCCAGGAGCACGUCACAGUCCAUCCGUCCAGGUAACGUGCGGAACAUCAUCCAGCAGUUUGAGAACCACUCGGAGAGUGUUGGGGAGGAGGGGGAAGACGCUGAGGGCCAGCACCUCUCGACCAGCAGCCUUGGAGAGGAGAGCAUGGACAGCCCGACGGUCUCUGUGCGUUUGGCUCGCAGUGAGUCUCUGAAGGCCCAAGGGGAGGGGCGUCGCCGGGGCAUCACUACGGGGGCAGAGUCAGUACCUCGUUCCCGUAGCGAUGUGGACAUGGAGGACUGCGGGGAGGAGAGGGAGGGGCCGGGCCUGCGGCCGUUACAUCACAGCGCCUCGUCCUCAGCCUCCAGUAGUUCAGCCAGGUCUCUGGAGAACCCCACUCCUCCAUACACUCCUCGCACUAGACGCAGGAGUGUGGAGCUACCUGCGCUGCUGCUCCCAGAAGCCCCUGCUCUGGAGGAGGACGUGCCCGAUGGGCAGAACUGGCAGGAAACGGUGGACGCGCCCAUCCUUGCCUCGCUCAGCCCGCGGGAGGUCGAUUGCCAGGCUGUCAUCUAUGAGCUCUUCAUCACGGAGGUGUCUCACCUGCGGACACUACGGGUGCUGGACCAGGUGUUCUUCCAGCGCAUGCGCUCGGUUCUCAACUUCGACGAGCUGACCUGCAUCUUUCCCAACCUGGCACAAGUCUACGAGCUGCACGCGAGUUUAUGUGACUCCAUGAAGAAACUGAGGGAGUCCCCCAUUGUGCAGGGCAUCGGUGACGUCAUGCUGGCCAGGUUUGAGGGCACGGCAGGAGAGGAGUUUCAGGAGCAGGUGUCUCAGCUGUGCAGUCAGCAGUCUCAGGCCCUGGAGCUCAUCAAGAACAAGCAGCGCAAAGACCCACGCUUUGCUCACAUCAUACAGGAAUGCGAGGCCAGUCCUCACUGUAGGCGGCUACAGCUGAAGGAUAUGCUGGUGUCUGAGAUGCAGAGGCUCACCAAAUACCCACUACUGCUAGACAACAUCAUCAAGCACACAGAGGCUGGUUCCUCGGACCUGCAGCCUCUCCUCCAAGCGCAGGCCUGUUGCCGCGGGAUACUGCAGACGGUCAACGAGUUUGUCAGGGAGACGGAACACAGGCAACGGCUCAGCCAAUACCAGCGCAGGCUGGACAUCUCGCAGCUGGAGAGGCAGAGCAAUCCGGUCGCAGCGCAGUUUAAGAAUCUGGACCUGACCACCAGGAGGAUGAUCCACGAGGGUCCACUCACCUGGAAAGUCAGCAAAGAUAAAGCACUAGAGGUGCACGCGUUGCUGCUGUGCGACCUGCUGGUGCUGCUGCAGAAGGGAGCGGACGACCGGCUGGUGCUGCGCUGCCCGUCACGCUGGGGCGGAGGCGUAGGGAGCGGCAGCGGCGACUCCAAGACCUCCUUCUGCCCCAUCGCCCGCCUCGACUCGCUGCUCGUCAGACCGGUGGCCACAGACAACAAGGCCCUGUACGUCAUCAGCACGUCGGAGCGACAGAUCUACGAGUUGGUAGCCGGGACUCUCUCUGAAAAGAACACGUGGAAAGAUCUGUUGGAAAAGACAAUCUCAUUGGCCACGGAGAAUGCAGGCUCGACCAAACGGGGAUCGCAACAAACGACCUCCAACCUGGACUCCCCGGGUGGCCCCGUCUACCAGCCAGAAGUGUCGCUGACGGAGAGCCCCUGCUCCAGGGAGAGGGACUCGCCCAGUGACGAGGACGGCGUGCUCACGCCCACCACGCCAGCCGACACGUCAGCCUCCUUCCUCGGCAGUGACCAGCAGGGAGGGAUAGCAGAGGCAGCUCUUAACGAUGUGGAGACCCUGAGGCAGUUAAUAUUCCGCGACCUGGACGACUGCUGGAGCCAGGACACAGACAACACGCCCACCAACGAGAUGGCCAAUGAGAGAAGCCCGCUCACCGAGGGACAGCAGCCUGAGCCCGUCGAGCCUACCGAGCCUGAGAACUCUGACGGCCCCAGCCAAUGGGAGGCUGAGGUAGCGGACGGCCCACCGCCACAGGUGGAGUCGCCCACGGUGAAAGUUAUGCGGAAAGCUGUGGGUGCGGGUUCUCCUUCUCUUCCUGACGACAUCACUGAUGAUGUCAACAUCCACUCCAGCCAAUCGGCAGAGUCGAGAGGCAACAUGUUCUACCUGGUAAUGCCCCAAGACUCGCCGGCUGGCUUUUCAGAGGAAAGCAGCACGGAUGACGUCACUCGCCCCCCGUUACUGGAGGUGACGUCGUCACCGCAGCUGAACUCCGUAGAAAGUUCCAGCGAUAUCGCCUGUGUCCCACUGACCAAUGACCAACCUGAGAGCCAAGACCCGCCGCCCAGCAAAGACGAAGUGACGAGCGGCGGCCAGUCGCCUGUGAGCACCCGGCGGCACGUGGUGAAAAACGUGGAUGAGAUCUUCCACACCAUCGGAGAGCUGAUGAGCAAACUGCACAAACUAAGGGAAAUAGAGGCGGCUCACUCUCAACUUUUGACAACACUAAACAAGCCCUCCCCAGCCAAUCAGGCGUUAGCUGACGUCAGGCCGAACACGCCCACCGUCGCCAGGACACCCUCUCUGGACCGAGGGACUUCAGGAGAUGGAAAAGAAGGAGGCCCCGUUGAACCCAAACAGCCUGAGAUCCAGUCCACGGGCUUCUGACACUACACUGGACACACACACACACACAGAGAGAGAGAGAGAGAGACUGUUGGACUGGAACUCCAGCUACCACUUGUAAUCCCAGCCCAGACCCAUUUUCUACCCAGCAUGCCUUGCACCAGGAAGCAGUAUCCUGACCGUAAACUUGUGUGUUGUUCCCUUGUCACUCACGCUGGCUCGUUAGAAGGAGAAUAAUGAAAGACAAACUCUUGACUUCACAGAAUCAUGGUAAAUGGGGAGGGG